AUGUCGUUCGGCACUGCACCUAGUAUUCCGACCGAGUUGGCUCAGUACAACUCGUACAUCGACGGACCUGCAUGGCAGAAGAAGUUCACGAUCGUGUGGUGCUCUGUGCUCGCUGCGGCCGUCGUGGGCUGCGCGCCUGCGCUCGUCUCGCGAUUGCGGCGGGGCGUUGCGUUCGCGGGUGUGGCUGGGGUAGGCGAUGACUGGGGGAGGUCAUACGAGAGCGUGCCUCCUGCUGAGAUCAAGGCAGUCAAGACUUCGAGGAGCAGCGUGUACGGACUGCUCAGCGCGGCGAAGAGCUGGCUUGUGUAUAGUCCGAUUGGCACUGGGCUCACUAUCGCACAAAUUCUACUCUGUGCAGGGUACAUCGCGCUCGUCCUGGCAUGCGUCGUGACGAACGCGCCACUGAUCGACAACUCGAACCGGGCCGGCUUCCUCGCGCUCGCCCAACUCCCACCCGUCUUCCUCUUCGCGACCAAAAACUCGGUCCUCUCCCUCCUCCUCGGCGGCGCCGGCGCGUACGACAAGCUGAACUACGUCCACCGCUGGGCCGGGCGCGGCCUCUUCCUCGCCGCCGUCGUGCACGGCGCGCUCUGGAUCCGGAACCACCUGCAGUACGGCCUGCAGAUCCUCGGCUCGGACAAGGAGACGACGGGCGUGGCCGCGCUCGCGUGUCUGUGCCUUAUCGUGCUGCUCAGCGUGCGCCCCGUGCGCGCGUUCGCGUACCAGUUCUUCUUCUACACCCACGUCUGCCUCUACGUCGCGUUCUUCGUCUGCGUGUGCUACCAUACGAUAUACGCCGCGCCGUGGAUAUUCCCGCCCAUCGCGCUCUACGCGGCGGACGUGCUCAUGCGCAUGUUCCGCUUCCGCAUCAAAGACGCCACGCUCGUUCCGGUCGGGAACGACAUGACGCUCAUCAAAGUGCACAGCGUAUCGGGCUCGUACGCCCCAGGCGCGCACUUCCGAGUGCGCGUCCUAGCCGGCCCGCACAUCCUCGAAUCGCACCCGCUCACCAUCGCCUCCGCCCCACUCUCACACAGCGUGACAUCCUCGCGCGCGCUCCUCCUCGCCGCGCGCGCCACCGGCGACUGGUCCCGCUCCCUCUCCUCCUACGCCCGCGCCGAGCUCGAGCGCCUCGCGCUGUCGGACCCGAAGAAGCCUCUCAGAUUCAACGAAGCCGGACUGGGCUUGGAUGCUGAUGAGGUUGACGGGGCGGAGAUCCAGGUCGCGCUCGAUGGGCCGUACGGCGGUCUAUCGAUCGAUCUGGGCGAGUACGAGAGCGCGCUGCUGGUCGCGGGCGGCGCGGGCAUGAGCGCGAUCGUGGGCGUGCUGGACGAUAUCGUCGGGCGCGUCGUGCGGCUCGGGCGCCGAGGCGGCGAGAAGACGCGCAGGGUGCAGGUCGUGUGGUGUGUCCGGUCUUUCGGCGCGAUAGACUGGUUCGCGACGCCCCUCCGCCAGAUCCUCACGGCCGCCUCGCACCCCGCCGCGGACCUCGACGUCCACCUCUCCGUGUUCGUCACGUGCCUCUGCAACCCCUCCGCCGUCCCGCCCCUCCCCAACAGCGCCGUGAGCGUCGCGCGCCCGGUGCUGCACUCUCUCCUCCGCGAGUUCAUCUCGCCCACUCUCCCCUCGGAAAUCGACGUGGAGAGCCAAGACGACCUUGUAGCUGCGGCCGAUCUCCCUUCGGCGUCUGCACCCGACGACGACAAGUUCACGCCCGCGAAGAAGAGCUCCGAGCGGGAUGGGGAAGACGACGCGCCGCUGCGCGCCGACGCGUCUGUGCUUAAAGCGCGGUGGUUGGCCCCGCACGCGGGUGGAGGUGUCGCGGUCGCGGCUGCGGGGCCCGAGGCGCUGUGUCGGGAUGCGAGAAACGCUGUUGCCAGGCUUGGGAUGGGCGAGGUGAGGAGGGCGGGGGGCGUGGGUGUGGGCGUUGAGGUGUUUGCGUUGUAG